UUGUGUUCUAUCUUACCACACACAACUUGACUGGUUUCAAACUGCGACUUUCUAAUCUCGUUGCCGGUCUGGGAUUAUCAUAUUUUCGUGACAGAGAUGUGCCUAAAGUAUCACUCUAUGAUAAAGAACUGAAAACCAAACGAUCUGAUGUCGAAGUUCUGAAGAAAACAGUACUAAUUGUUGAUAUUUGAAGACCAAUUUGGCACGAUAAUAACAGCUGAGAGAAGGACGACUGGUGGUAGUUUUAAAUUGAUUUGAAAUGACGAUCGCGAUGAGACGGUAAUAAAUGACCGUAUUCAAGACAGAAGAAAAAUGCAAGUCAUUUGUAUAAGAAAAAGAUGCCUUAAAUUAUCUACUUCGAGUGAGUUAUAAAGGAAUAUCUGCUUGGGUUUGAGUGUUCGGAUUGGUUAUGAAUGACAAGAGGAAUAUGGUCUUUAUUGCCUUAUUAACCUCGAUGAUUCUAACCGCUGGUCAUUCAACAAGUGUUUGCUUUGCUGAUUUUCAAGAACAGUUGAAUUGAAUUCGUUUGCCGGGUGAUCAGAUGUCUCCAGUGCAAGGAUUCUUCCUUAAUGUGUACAAACAAGUUUGCAUUGUUCUUAUCACCGUGACAACCUUCCUGUAUCUGUACUACGCAUGCUCAGUGAUUCACUUCGAGCGCCAUCACCGGCUCGACAUUCAACCACCAAUCAAAUCCAACCAAAGAAUCUGCAAAGACGUUCUCAGUUCUGCUACUGAAGGCCGUUGGAAAUUACGACUACACACAUCAACAACUGCCUUARAAGCUCGUAGGCAACUGGACAUGAUUCUUCGUCAACGGAAAGGUUGGCCGAGGACGCUCUGGCAUGGCGAUCUACGGUGUGGCUGGGAAUACCCCUUGCCAAGACCCAAUUACAUCAACUCAUCUGGAUCAGUUAUAUUUGAUAUUCAAGGACAAUGUGAUCCACAGUCAGAUGCACCCUGCUGUAAUGGCGUCAAGGGGUGGUGUGGAAUUGGGACCAGUUUUUGUGAAUGCAAGAAUUGUAUUGAUUUUAGGAACUAUCUUCCAGCAGAGCUUUCUGAUUGGAAGCCCAGAAGUGGUUGCUUGGUAACCAGCUUCUCACAAACCAGAGCAUGCGCGCUCAUAAAUGACCGCAUGUCGUACAUUACUUUCAUGGGAGACUCGCUGGUACGACAUUUAUUCUCAUCCGUGCUGUUAAUUUUGACAAAUGAUUUCAAACACGGAGCACUCAAAAAGACGGCGCUUUCGAAAUUCAAGAAAUUCUGUCGUGGAGACAGCCAGUUCAUCGAUAGCAUGUGCCACGUGUAUAUAGCGAUGAGAUGGAAAGACAUAUCAAUGCACCCUACGUUUUGUCCCCAAGCUAAUCCACUUAAGUUUAAGCUAGACUUUAUCGAGGCCUACAACAUCAAGCAUGCACCUGUGGCACUUAAGAUGGUCAAACGGCAGCUCUCAAGACGAGGGUCUGUGAUGUUUAUUGGGAUCGGUAUACAUAACAGUUUUAAUGCUAGUUUGGUCAUCGAAUCUUAUCUUGAACCGAUCGUAAAACUCUUGUCUAAGUCACGUAAUGGAUGGCCACACCUUGUAUGGCUGACUACCCAUUCUGCGGGACCCCUGAAGCCGCGUUCGUACUACCAACGACAAGGAAACCAUGCAAUACUCGCAUAUAAUUCAAAACUGAUCGAAUACUGCAGGAGGGUUAACAUAACGGUGUUAGAUACGUUUAACUUGACCCAAGGGGUACAUAGUUUUGAUGGUACUCAUUAUGGCUUUGGGGUAAAUAUGAUGAAAGCGCAGGUCGUAUUGAAUUAUUUGAGAGAAAAGUUUGGUUCUAAAACAUGACUUAGCGGAGUAAAAACCAUUAGAGUCGAAAGACAACGGUGCCGUUAACAAUGGAUGCUAAAAAGAAAUCUUUUGUUAAAUGGCACCAACGCUCCCCGAAAGGAAGCGAUGAUGUAACCCCGGUCCAAUCGAAGAAUGAGCGAAUGGGAGGUCUUCUCUUGUACAUUAAUUUGUCUCGGUGAUUUUUGGGUGUUUCGAAGCCAAAUAAUCUACCCGGAGCCCAGCCACGUUAUUCGUAAUACUGAUUUACAGAAAAUUGUAAAUAAAUGUGUUUUUGGUACGAAUUUUUGUU